CACAGCAGCAAGUGCAAUACAACCAAGUACUUAAUAUCAAUGGCGACGUAAGUGACCAAUAGGCCUCGAGCAUUUUGAUAGGUGCUAACGAUGGCAGAUGAAACUCAACUCCUUCGUGUUUCCCGACCGCUCCAAGGUCGAGACGUUCUCGCAGAAGCAGCAGCAAAUAAUCGUUAAUCAGCAACAACCAGCUAUCCCCGCCAACCAGGUCACUGGUUCGACCGGACAGCCUUUCGUUGCUAUCACCACCCAGUCCAUGACCGUCAGCACCAACGGAGCCACAGACUUGGUUGGCGGACAGGUCGAGAUGGCCAUGACGAUGCAGAACUUGCAGUCAGCGGCGGUUCAGCCGGACAACACCUACGUUGCCAUGCUCUCGCCUGACAGACAAAGCUGGAUGAUUCAGGAGACGAUGAGGAGCGUCAACACCACCGACAUGACUGUCCGCAUGGUCAAGCGUAACCAGCUCGAUGGAGAAUACAUGGUCGUCGGCCGCCAGACUGUCGAGACCAACACUCUCGUUACACCCUUUGGCAGUGGUGGCGCCACUCAGGUCGCCAUCCAGGGCACAGGCCUUCAGGAGAACGAGUUCCAGGACGGCUUCAGGAUGUCGACGCGUGCUACCCAGCCCAUGCUCAUGAAUGUCGAUGUCAAGGACGGCAUCGACUCUAGUAUGCUGGCUGGACUCCAGGGCCAGGCCUCUGUCAAUGACUACCGUUACUCCGUCGUCACCAACCUCGCUGCUGUGCAGCCCAACCUCAACCAGCAGGUGACUGUCGUCCAGAUGCCCAUCAACGCCGUCCGUAUCCAGAAGAUGAUGCAAGCCAUGGGUGUCCCUCCCACGGGCCAAGUCUCCAUUGCCGUUGCACAGCGUGGUGUUCUCCAGAACCCCGGCGGUGCCACUGGACAGCUCCAGGGUGUCGGUGCUCCCACCAAGCGUGGUCUCUCCCGUGACAACUUCCGCAAGGACAUCGCUGCUCGCCAGAUUACUGGACAGACCAACAACCAGGGCAACACCGGCGGCACCCAGACCGGCAACAACAACCCCGUCGCUACCCAGCUGCUCCUCGCGCCUACCUUCACCCCCGUUCAGGCCAACGCUGUCCUCGACCAGGCCAACAUGCGCAUCGCUGUUCCCGUCCGCCAGGUCGAUGGAGAGUACAUCCUCGUGAUGCAGAUGAUGGGUGGCGGUGCCCGGGCCGCCGCUGCUCCCGCCGGUGGAGCUGCUCCUGCCGGUGGAGCUGCUCCAGCCCCUGCUCAGCCUGCCGCUGCCCCAGCUGCCGCGCCUGCCGCCGCCGCGCCUGCCGCCGAGUCCACUGCCCGCCCUGCUGCUGCUGCCCCCGCUGCUGCCCCCGCUGCUGCCCCCGCUGCUGCCCCCGCUGGUGCCGAGGCACCCAGUCCCGCUGCGGCCGAGGCAUCCCGUCCCGCUGGUGAGCCCUCCAAGCCUGCUGCGGCCGAGUCAUCCCGCCCCGCUGGUGAGCCCUCCAAGCCCGCUGCGGCCGAGGCAUCCCGUCCCGCUGGUGAGCCCCCCAAGCCCGCUGCGGAAGCCUCCAAGGCCGAACCCAGCGGCGCGCCCGGCGCCGAAGCGGCAAAGACUGAGUCGAGCGCCAAGCCCGAGGCGUCCAAGGCCGAGGCGUCUCCCGCAGCGAAGCCGGAGCGCCGCCAGGCAGCGGCGACGACGGACAAGUACGGCAACCCCGUUGCGCCGCUGGGCGCGGUCAUCAUGAGCAUGAAGCAGAUUGACGAGAUGGCGGCCAUGGUCACGUGGGGUGGCCAGGCGCCGAUCACGCAGAUGAUGAACGAGUAUGUGCAGUCGCAGACGGGCAAGGGCCUGACCUCGCCUAGCAACAGCACGGCGACUGCGUCGACGGGUGGAUUGGCUGGUAUCACUGUUUAGAUGAAGGGGGGAUUAUGAUGAGUGGUGGGCGGGUGGCGGGGACUGUGUCUUCGCCCUCGCCACGGGAGAGGAAUGGGGGGUACUUGGGGUGGUAUAUUGUAGUAUGCGUAAUUAUCUCUUUGUCGG